UCAGAUUGUCGCCGCGUUUCAGCAAAAACCGACGAUCAACCAAACCCAAAAACACAUAACUAUCAGGAAUCGAUAAUAUUUGUAAAUAUAGACGUCCGAGAAGGACAAGCGGGUUUUUUGAAUCGUUUCGAAAAUGAAGAUUGACGAUGCUGAGCCGAGUUCAAGCUCUUCCGGGUCCGAUAUGCCUCCAGCCAGCGCCACACUUCUUCGCAACAUUGUGGCCACCAAAAACGACGAGGAUUUCAUUGCGGCUAUCAAUAAAGGACGGGAAGUUCAUGCUGUUAUGGGGAAAACUGAGUUGUAUAAAUGGACAGAAGUACUCAAUAGAUGUGAUGAGAUAUUGGAAAAGGCGGUUCACAAGAACGAGUUUGGAAACUUGCAAUGCGAUCACGACACCGUUCUCAAGAACCAUGCCGUCGCCAUCGUCCGAUUCACAGUGCUCCUGUUCGAAUGCACCUCUUCAAGACGCAUUUACAAAAGUGUCGACAGGAUCCUGGCACUUCUCGAAAGUACAGAUAUGGAUCUGCUCGCCGAAGUUCUCCGUCUGCUCCAAGUGAUGGGAAAACGAUCGAAAUUCCUGAGCACACGAAUUCCACAAAAAGAGCAACACGCGCUGGCUCAACGCCUGACAGCUAUUGCUCAGUGCUGGGGUGGAAAGCUGAGGACAGUGAAGAUGGCAGAAUGUCUGAAAAGAGAGCCGAAGCUACCGAUGCUCUUCCCGUUCACAUACACCGACGCGAAGCAACGGACGAUUAUUGUUGAACAGCCAAAGAAAGAUGAAUCAGUCGGCGAGCUGAUCACACGGACAGUCGCCCAGAUUAGUCCACCAGUCAGUUCGGAUUCAGUUCCAUCUCAACAAUUUUCGAAGGAAGACUUGUAUUGUCUGCUAUCACGUGUCAGGAUGCUCGUAACCUUCGAGGAUUGGCAUCAUCGUUUCAAGUGUCUCAUCGUUCGGCUUCUCUCUGUGAGCACACUUGUCUACUGCAGACUUGGAGGAACCGACGAGACGACGCUUAGCUCCCUUUUGUACAGUGGAUUUAUCGAGGAAAUCGUGGAAAUGCUCAAGUCAGACCGUGAAGCCGACACCCAACAAGAUCAUAAUCUUCACGAUGCCAUCCAAACUGAAGCGCUCUCGACGUUGUGCUCAAUUGUUACAUAUGAGAAAGAGCCAAAAAUAACGCAGAUUCUCGAGGCACUCUCCGCCGGAAGCUAUCAUGGAUUUUUGUCGGUGAUGACGCGUCAAAUUGUCGAUGAGCUCAAGAGCAACAACCUCGGAAAGACUGGAAAACCAUCGGUAUCACUGGCAACUGCGUUGUUCUCAUUCAUCUACCACUUGGCGAGUAUUGAGCCUGGAGGCGACACUCUUGUUGGCUCCGGCCUAACUCAGACGCUGCUCAGUGUUAUUGGUUUCCACGAGCUUCCGAUCGAAUGCAUAACGUUUGGAACUCGGUGUGCUCGGAUUAUCGACUUGUUCACGACGAUCGACGUGACAUCGUUCAAGGCGAACAAUGGAAUGGAAAUUUGUGUGAAUCGAGUUGUGCACGAGAUCAACGAAUGUCGAAAGGAGCAGCCGUUCAUGAUCGAUAUUUCCUAUGAUAUGCCAUUCGAGGAGGAGCCUGAGCCCAGAGAUGACCAGGAGGCUCACGAAGAGCCAGAAGAUGAGAGCGAUGAGCGAAAUCCAGUAGAUCAGGAGGCUCCUGUUCCGAUUGAGGUUGAUGCUCCACUGCCACCAGCUUCCCCAAUUGCUGCUCCAGCUCCGGUUCCAGUGGCUUCUGCUUCAACGUCUUCAGAUUCGAAGAUCAAAGGUGGUCCAUGGGAAGAAGUUCAGAUGAAUGGAGCGACUUGCCAUCAGCAGAGAAGCGGGCUCAUCAAAGGACUGCUCACAUUUAUCAAGAGAGCCAUCGGCGAUGUACAAUUCCAGGAUAUUAUGAAGCAUUUGAUGGAGGGAGAUCUACCUGAAGCUUUGAUGCACAUUUUGUCCAACGCCGAAUACUAUUCGCCAUCGCUUUUCCAUCAAUCGGCACAUUUGAUAACGAACUUUGUCUAUCAGUUUCCAGAGGAAUUGUCUUCGAUUCAACGUCGUCAUGUUCCAUAUGUGAUUUUCCAAAGUUUGCUGCGCAAAGAGCUCCCGAAUAGCAAAGAUGUCAUCACAACUCUCGGAAAUGUGUUCACUGCGAUGUGUCUCAACGAACGCGGUCUUCGUCAGUUCAAAAGCUACGAUCCGUUCAAUCAAAUCUUCCGUAUCGUGCUCAGCGUCAAAUUCUUGGUCACCCUUCGCAAGAAGCGAUCAGCAGAAGUAUUCGAGUCGGCGCAAGCCAUCGGAGGAGCUCUUGAUGAUUUGAUGAGACACUAUCCGGAUCUGAAACACGAUAUGCUGAAGUCUAUCAUCGUUAUCCUGGAUCUUCUCGACGAAAUCGGUCGUAAUCCACCUGCUGGAGUCGAGCUAGUGCCAACGCUCACAAAAACGAUGGCCCGAAGUGUAGUUUUUUCGCCAAACAAUAGCUCGCUGCUCCCGAGAGAGGCUCGUGAAGCCAGAGAACUGCGCAUCCAGCAACUACAACGAGAGAUUCCCGAGCAAGCCGAUGAACGUGUCGGUGGUGACGUCGAAGAAGAGCCGAUGGAAGUUGAGGAUGCCGAGGAUUCGGAUGUUGAUGAGGAGGAUAACGAGAUGUCGAUGGAUGAGAUGUCAGGAGAAGCACCAGCUCCACCAGCGGCGCCAAGUCCAAAGCCAACGAAGCCGUUUGAAUAUGGAGCUGGAAUGAUGUGUGAGGAUGCGAAUGGAAAGAAGAUUCUUCCAAUCGGAGAUUACAUGCUUCUCAUUGCUCGUGUUGUGGAGACGAUGAUGACACAAAGUCCGUCGCAAAAGAUCACCGAAGAGUUCAUCGACGAGUGUGUCAUGCAGAAAAUCAUGAAGUUGUGUCAUCUUCCGUGUAUCACCAAUGAGGCAACUCAUGCGACAUAUAUUGGAUCCAUUGCCAACAUUAUCAAGCACAUUGUGAAAGCCGGAUAUCAAAGCCAGCGCAAUGGGCCUGAUGUUGGACCGAAACUGAUGUCAGCGAUCGUUGGAGAGUUCAUAAAAACUAUAAAUCCACUCUUUGAAGUCAACAAUGGCGAUUUUUCGGCAAUGAAUCAAGCCGAAUCAAGGAAGGCGACGCUUCUGAUGCAUCUCGACGAGAAGCUUGUUGAGAAGACAUUGGUCGAGCUGAACAGUAUCAUUCCAACGCUCCUAAAUCUCAACAAAAGCCCGAUGAGCAGCACCUACAAUCCACAGGAUCACAGAACUCGCAUUUACGAGACGUGGAAGAUGCCAGAAGGAAUGAAGCUUUAUGGAAUGCUCCGCAAACUUUCGAGAAUGCUGUGCUGGGAGUAUGAGCUGGUGCAGACGUUGAAGCCGACAAUUCGGACUGCUGCCACGCAGACGGAGGGUGAAAUGCUCAGCGAUCAGCCAGCCGAUACACAUUUGGAUGUUGAGGUGAUGCCACCAUGGGAUGAGGAUUCGGUUGAUGAGCAGCAGAAAAGAGAUGAGGCGAAGGAGCCGAGAUGGAAGGCAGCAGGUGUUUCGCAAGAAGAACACGAUUUCUGGAUCAAGAAUAAGCCACUACAGGAUAUUGUGUCGAAGUCACAUGCGAUGGUCAAGGAUCUUCUCAAUUCAAUGGGGAAAACGAUCAACGUCAACAAUCCGAGACGCCCUCGAAUCAGAGAUACUCCACCACUGCCGCUGGCGGCAUCACACUGCAUAUCGAUGAUCUUCUCGUCUAUUUACAAGGAUUUGAAAUGGGAGCCACCCGUUCAGAAUGCUGCGACAUCUCCAAUGGCCUACGGAAGAUACAUCGAGCUUCUCACUCAACUGAAUCAUUCGUUGUUCGAGAACGGAAGAUGCAGCAAUCCAGCUCUGCCACAAAAUUUCUACACUUCUGGAUGUCACAAGGCGUUUUUCGAGUUAUUUUCGGAUAAGAUCAUUCCUUUCCUCGGAGAUAAUAUGCCUGAAGGAGUCGAACAGACGAUGGAGGAGUGGUGUCGGUUGGCUGUGAAGCUUACGGAUCGUAACACAAUUGUGAGCAGUGAUAAUUGGCAGAGAAGAGAUCGUCAAUCGGCUGAUUUCGAUACGAACAAGUACUUGAAGCUGGUGUGCCGCGACAUGUUCAACGCUUACAAGCAAUUCUUCGAGAAAAUGGCUCAGAUGCCGGAUUGGGAGCUGAAAUCGCUGAAAAAAGUGUGUGAGAAUGCGUUUUCCGUGUUCAAGGAGGUCGCGAAAAAUCUUGUGGAAGAAACGGAAGCCACCACUGCCGCCACGGAGGCUGUGAACGCUGCAGCUGCUCCUGCUCCUGCCGAUGCUCCAGCUGCAGAAUGGGGUCCUGGAGCUCUACGAAUUCCACCGGUUGCCGUUGAACCUGCACCGGCUCCAGUUGCCGUUAAUCCUGCUGCUGCCGCCGAUCCACACGAGGAUACGAUUGUGAUGCUGAUGGAUUUGGGAUUCAGUCGUGAUAUAGUCCUCUAUGCGCUCGAAAGUACACGAAAUGCUGAUGAAGCUGCCAAUUAUCUGCUGGCCCAUGGAAAUGAGAUACCAUUGCAAGACGCUGCUAAUCCAUUCCGUGAUGAUCUGUUGAAUCAAGUCUUGAGAGAAGCAGGAGCCGAAAUGAUUGCCGGAGCCAAUACACCGAAUGCCGACGAAAUUGAGCUUCAACUCAAUGCACAGUUUGCUGAGCACCAAGGCUACGAGCUUGUCCGCAUCGCACAACGAGUCCUUCGAGACGCAGGAGCCGAGCAAAUUGGAUUGCAGAUUAUGGAAGCGUACCCAGACGAAAGUGUGGAUGUAGCUGCCGAGCAGCUCAUCAACGAUGUCAUGGACCGAGUCAGAAAUCCGCGAUCCUCGUACGAAGAGAACAUUGCACAGCCACUGAUUCCACCGCUGAGCCAGCUGAAAAUCGAACAAGACGUUUCGCUGAACAGCGCUUGCAAACAGCUCUUCCCACUUGUGAAACGGCUUCUUCUCGUCUCCAACGACACUAUUCAUCCGUGCGCCGAGCUCAUCGUCUCAAUUUUCCCAGCGAUGACCGAGGAAUGGAGGAAAGAGCAUUUGAUCGCCGAGAUUUGUGGAGAAGACUUGAAAAAUAUGGCUAAAAGUUUGGUGGAACAAGAAGUUGACGAAAAUGGACGUCCGAAGCAGCAUGAUGUGGCUCGAACAAUGACGAAUCGCCUACAUUUCGCUGUUCUCAUAUUCGAUAAGAUCUCUGAAGAAUAUGUUCAAUGGAUUGAUGCGAAUGGAAUGACUGAAGUUAUGCUGACAUCACUGGAAUACCUGGUUGAACGGUUCAAAUCAGUGGAUUACUAUCAGUCGUUGAUCACUCGGAUCAUUUGUUGGAACGAUUUCUACGCCAAAACUCAUCGCCUCAUCGUUCGUCGUGCCUACCUGAAAUCGCUCUCACCGUCGCUCGUCUGGUCGUACCAAUCGUAUGAGGAAGACGCGUUGAGACGUCGUGCCGAUUAUUCGUCAGGAGAAAAGAAAUGGGUUCCAUACGAUGCUGCGUCGCAGAAAACUCUCAACGACGCGUUCUUUGCCGGAGUUCGAGGUGUCAAGUGUACUUUGAAGAGAGGAGUCCGACCAAAUAAGAAAGUGGACGUGGAUUUUGCGUCAAUGAAGCAAGGAGACGGUACUUCUCGUGAAAACAUCAAGGCUGAACUUCCACCGACCGUCGAAGUCUCCAUACCAGAUCUUAUGGAUGCUGAAGCCAAACUAUCGUGGAGUGAAGACCAAAACGACCGUUUCUUGGAUCUUUCGACGCAAAUUCUUCGAACCGGAGCUCUCGAUCCGAAGUGUUCUCAUUCGAUGCUCAGCUUUAUCGCAAGAUUGACAAGAUCUCAUCGAAAUGCAGUGAGGUUCAUGGAGAAAGACGGUGUCGAAGCCAUUUUGCGUCUUCGAGCUCGUUGUGCAAUCACUUAUCCAUUCCUUGUGUCCAUUAUCAUCAGAAAUUGUAUUGAUGAUGAUGCCCUUCUUGGUCACAUUUACGAGAAGACGAUCCGUGGAUAUAUUGCUGUUCCAACUCAACCUCCGGCUUCGAUGUCAGAAUAUGCAGCUGGUAAAUCGAAGGAUUUCGCCGAUACUCUCAACUUCAUGGCUCCACUUUCAACGAGAAAUCCUCUGGUUUUCACUGAAGCGAUGAAUAAGUUGGCAAGAAUGAACGGAUCCUUGAUUUUACCAAUGAUCAAGGAGAAGAAGCCAACAUUGUCCGUAUCCUCCACAGCUGGCGGAGCAUCUACAUCAUCGUCUUCGGCUCCACCACCACCACCACCUCUAACAUCGUCAAGUUCGCACACUGUCGUUGAGAAUAAUUCGCGAGCCGAGAAGAUUGUGAGCAUGAUGCUUUCAGAAGUUCUUAACGGAGAAUUCCCGACUGUUGGCCAGACACGAAUGCUGUCACAGGAGAAAAUACUGCAAAUACUGGCUGAAAUCGUCAAGUCAUAUCCAUCGUUGGCGAUAAUUAUUGCUGAAACUCAAGCGGAAGGUCGUAGUGCCUUGCAUUCUCUCAUUGACACCUACAUUAUCGCUCCAAUCGAGAAGAUCGAGACGACGAAUGCGUUGAAAACUCUGAUCGCUGUUAUAUCGGCUUCUCAGAACUCGUUGAAAGCUCAAGAACUGCUGGUUUUGGACGUGAAAAACGCGCUGGCCUCGUAUUCGGAGAAGGCAUCCGAGUUGAGAGUCGACUUGGCGAAGCUUCAACUGGAUAAGGAAUCCGAGGAACGAGAAGAGGCGACGACAUCGCUGAAGAAGCAAGAAACUGAAGUUCUUUCCAAGAUUUCAGAGCUGUGCUCUAUCAUCAUCAUCAUGUGUCAAAGUUGCCCAGCUCACCACCAUCACCAUCACUCGUCGACGGAUCGGAAUAAUCGUGAACGAAGUUCUCAGAAUGCCAUCAUGAAGAUGUUCCACAAGAAGAGAAUGUGCGCUGACCUUGUCAAAACGAUUCACUGCCUACAGCUUUCCACCAAAGUAUCCCUGGAUACAGUCAAUCAGAUUCUGAAGACGUUGGACACGCUGCUCGAAGGAUCAACGACGACGACGUCGGCGACGAUCACGGGCCCACGAUCCUUGAUGGAUAUUGUUGCUGGACGGCGAGAGCAGCGGAGAGAAGCGGCGGCCGGUGGAAUUAUGAACGAACGAGAGAUCGAUACGAUUUUCCAACGAGACGGGCUUGCAUUUGACGGGGAAAUGGAGAAUCUGUUGAGACGACUACAAGGCGAUCAUUGGAGAGGAAAUAGUGUACAACGAGGAGCCGGGCAAGUUGCAGAAGAGGAAGAAGGUUCGGAGACGUAUGAAGAACGGGAACGGUCGGAUAGUCCGUCCGAAUCGUCGGAGCACGCUGGAGACGAAGAGGUUAGAGAUGAUGCGGUGGAGACUGGUGAUGGCGAAGUUGAUAUGGCGGAUGCUCAGGAUGCUCCUCUAGCGGCUCCAGAUGCUCCUCCUGGCAUUAACUUGGUCGAUGAAAUUAUGCAACAAGUUCAGCGAGAUGUGGAAGAUGACGAAGAGGAUGAAGAUGGAGAUCAGAAUGAGCAUGAAGCGGAGGAAGAUGAUCAUGAUCGGGAGGAUGAAGAUGAUGAAGACGAUGAUGAUGAUGAGGAUGAGGAGGAAGAGGCAGAAGAUGAUGAUCAGGAUGAGGAUGAUGUUCGACAUGUUGAGCAGAAUCCAGAGCCAUUGGCUCGGCGACUUUUCGAAGAGGACGACGAUGAUGAGGAGGAUGACGAUGGAGAUGAGGAUGGUGAUAGUAUGGAGGAUGAUGUUCAACGAUUGGAUUUGGACGAUGAUUACUUUGAUAUGGGAGGACCGUUUGAUGCUCAGCGUAUGGAUGAUAUGAUUUUCCCGCCGUCGUUUGGACGCCCAGCUGUCACGUCGUUCGCCGAUUUGUUCAGAGACGAUUUUGAUUUUCUGCCACCAUAUCGUGCGGAACGUCGACCCCUGGCUCGUGGCUCACAUCUCGGUGGUGUAAUCAGUGAGCAUCCGCUCAUGACACGGCCACCAGCUGAAAACGAUGUUUCUCGUCGUCCGAACACGAAUAUUCGCGCGGAAAUUCUGCAAAUGCAUACACGAAGCAGUCUUCAUCGUCAGAACGCGAUCCGCCGAACGACGACAGAAGCUCGUGAGCUGGAAGCGAUUUCUCGUGGAAUUCGAAUGGGAGAGCUGCCCGCGGGACGGAUGCUUGUUCGUGGAACGACUACACAUGGAGACGGAGGAGUGCACACAUCGUUCUUCGAUCAUAUCUUUGAUAUUCGACCGUCGAAUGUUGCUUUCUCGAGAAGCGGAGCCUACAGAUCCUACAAUACCGGGGAUCGUGAUGAACGUCGUGACAUCCGUGCCAGUCAAGUUCCAACAUGCUUAGAGCGUCUAGAAUCUUAUAGUCUUUCAAUGGAGCCAGUAUCCAGUCGUUUCGUCACCGUUAUCGUCAAUUCACACCUCAACAAGAUCCACGCGGCACGUGAAGCUCAAAUCAAAAAGGAAGCCGAAAUCAAGGCAAAAGCCAAGAAGGACGCUGAAGCCGCGAAGAAGGCCGCUGAAGAUAAGAAGAAGGCUGCCGAGGCACCUGCUCCAGCUCCAUCUGCUGAGCAAAGUGAUUCUCCAGCGAGCCCAGAUGCUCCGGCUCCGGCUCCUGAAGAGAUUGGGCUUGCAACUCCGGCUGCAACGAAUACGACGAAUACCGUUUCAGAGUCGGUUGCACCGAAUGCUUCGACGCGGGGAGAUGAUACGUUGACAACUCCUGCAGCUGCUCAAGUUGAAGAUCAAGCAUCGGAGGAUCAGCACAUCGAGGAAGAACCAAUGGAGGUCGGAGAAGAUGAUGGUGCUGCAGAAGCUCCACAGUCAUCUGCUGCCACCGCAGCUUCAUCUGUUGCUGGAACUGAAGAGAUUGAGGAUGUUGAGCGACAAGCCGUUGAGGAUCAUGUACCUGAAAUUCAAGAUAAUGAUGAUACUCUUCCGUAUGAAGGCGCUGUUGAACAUGCUCCAGCUCAAGCUCCAGAAGAAAAUGUGAUGCCUGAGGAGUUCCGUGCUAUCUUAGGAGAUAUUAUUAUACCAGAUGGCGUCGAUCCAGCGUUCCUUGCCGCGCUUCCAGAGGAGAUGCGAGCUGAAGUGAUUCGGGAUUAUCAACGACAACAGAGAGCUGAACGAGCUUCAAGACCAGUUCCAGCUGCUCAACCAGUUGCUGUGAAUCCAAAUGCUCCAGCAGGAGGAGAAGCUGCACAAGGAGAAGGUCAAGCCGAACAACCGGCAGCUGCAGUAGUUCCACUCGUUGAGCCGAUAGAUCCAGUGUUUUUGAAUGCUCUACCACCAGAGUUGCAAGAAGAAGUGCUCGCCGAGCAUGAGAGGCGUCUACGUGAAGCCGAGGAGCAGCAGAGAAGACAAAAUGCGCCACCAGCGCCGGUUGUGGAGAUGGAUGGUGCGGCUGUGAUAGCGUCGUUGCCAGCCAACGAACGAGCACAGGUUCUCGCGGAAAUGGACGAUGCAGAGCUUGCCGGAUUGCCGGCUGAUAUGCAGAACGAGGCUCGCCGAGCAAGAGCACAACACGUCGAGCCGAAUAUGCUUCGUUAUCAUCGUUUGUUGUUCCGUGGUGGAGUCGGUGGUGCGCCUGGUGCAAUCGGAACAGUCAGAGCAAGAACUAAUGCGAGAGCCGCCGCCAACGCCGGGCCAUCAGUCGGACAAAAUGCUGGAAAUGCGAUUCAAGCUCCACCAGAUCAACCGCAUUUGCUGGAUCGCGAGUCAAUUCUCACGCUGUGCCUUCUCUAUUUGGUCGACAAUAAUCGUGUUCCGCAUACACGUCUACAGAAAGUUCUUCGAAGUGCUUGUGUUAAUCAAACGACGUGCGAUUUCAUUGUUUGGUGUCUUCUAGCGUUGUUGGACAAGGCCAGUGAAGCGAAUACUGAUGAUGAGGAGAUUCUCUCAAACGUUCCUGCCUGGCUGGACUCGAUCGCUGUAUCCGGAGUUGGUCACAACGAAAGAGCCAUCCGAAUCUCCGAAAAUGCCCAGAAAAUCUCGAUUCAUUCGAUGCUCGCAAUUCCAAUGUGCAAGAACAUUCUGGAUCUUCUCGCGAAUAUUGCUCGUGCUUAUCCUGGAAACUUCCUUCCAUUGAUUCUUCGUCAUGGAGCCAAGCCGACGGAUACUCCGAAACAAGCUCCCUCGUUUGCUCAAUUCUGGACAAUGGUGCAGAAUACGACAAAAGUGCCGAAGAGCAAGGAUUGGACAGCGACGCCCGAGCAGCAACUUGAAGAAUGCCCACUCGGUCAGAUGCUCAAUUCACUUCGCAAGCCGAUCAUGGCGAAAUCACCGUUGAAGGAGAAAGUGCUCAAAGUGGCUAGCCAAAUUAUGGUAACACUUCCUAUGGAUACAUUGAAAUUGUUAGGAAACGAUGAAUCGAGAAAGCCGCUGGCUGAAAAGUUGGAAUUCGUGAUUCAAGUCAUGACGACCGGCUCAUGCAGUACAGAAGGACUCGCUGAUGGUCUAACGAUCCUCUCAGAAGCGAUGAGAUCUUUGUCCGAUUCUACCUCCGUCGACAUCUACGAACACCUCUUCCUUGCGGUUUCCAAGCUGGGUGGUGAGCUUCUUCCUCAAGUCGAUCGUUUGAUUGUCGAGUUGGAUGAGGCACAGAAGAAGGAAGAAGUGUCGUCUGUGGCGCCGUCCGAUCAACCGACAUCAUCGAAAACAGCUCAACUUGUGGUGGAUACCAGUGCAGCUGGACGCGUUGCAACUGGACGAUUUGAUGGAGAACGACUGGUUAUCGAUGGAGAUCAGAACAUGCGUCUGCAGAUGAGCUCGUGCAAAGAACUACAGCUUCCUGCGGUCACUGUGCUCACGGAUAAGGGAGGAGCGCAGUAUGCUCUUCUGAGUGCUCUGCAGACUCUUGUCAAGGUUCGGAAUCAUAUGAAGGCAAUUCGGAAGGAUAAGGCAAAACGGGCGAAGGAUGCGGAGAAGAAGUUGAAGGAGAAGGAAACGCCAUCGACAUCGGCUCCAGCUGCUCCAGCAGCUCCUGCUACUGCUCCAACUGCUCCAGCAGCUCCAGACGCCCCGGUUGAGAACAAUGAAGUACCCGAACCAGCAGCCGAGCUUGAAGAGGUUAACGAUGAAGAACCACGAAUCUCGGAACGACUAUCCUCUCUUGAAAGCCUCUGGAACUCACUUUCAGAGUGUCUUCUUCGAUUGGGUAAAGCCUCCGAUCCUCAUGCAGUUUUGGCUCUCCAACCAGCAGCAGAAGCCUUCUUCCUGGUACACGCUUCUCAACAGAAUAAGCUCAAGGCCAAGGAUGCCGAAGCUAAACGGAAGGAGAGUCAAGCGGCGUCAUCGUCUGCUGCUGCUGCUGUCGCUUCAUCGGUUUCUCAUGAUGGUCUUCGUGAAGAUUUGGAUCCGGAUACUGCCAAGCUCAUCGAGUUCGCGGAGAAGCAUCGUCAAGUUCUCAAUCAAGCUCUUCGACAGAACAACGCGGUUCUUUCGGCUGGUGGACCAUUCGCCAUUUUGACACAAUUCCCAAAGUUGUUGGAUUUCGAUGUGAAGAGAAAGUAUUUCCGCAAGGAACUCACCAAGUUGGAGCCAUCAAUGCCUCGCUACCGUCGCAACGAUGUCUCAGUUCAAGUGUCCCGAAAUCGUGUGUUCUCUGAUUCAUUCCGCGAGCUUUUCCGUCUCCGACCAUCUGAAUGGAAGAAUCGAUUCUACAUCAUUUUCCAAGGAGAAGAGGGCCAGGAUGCGGGUGGUCUGCUCCGAGAGUGGUUCUCAGUGAUCACAAGAGAGAUCUUCAAUCCAAAUUACGCUCUAUUCAUCACUGCACCAGGAGAUAUGGUCACCUAUAUGAUCAAUAAGGCUUCCUACAUCAAUCCGGAGCAUCUUGAUUAUUUCAAAUUCGUCGGUCGUCUCAUCGCGAAAUCGGUGUUCGAGCACAAAUAUCUCGAUUGCUAUUUCACUCGAGCCUUCUACAAGCAUAUUCUCAACCUACCAGUCCGUUAUCAAGACCUGGAAAGUGAGGAUCCGGCGUUCUUCAAAUCGCUGGACUUUUUGCUUCAAAAUCCGAUUGACGACCUGGCUCUUGAUCUGACAUUCUCCACAGAAGUCGAAGAGUUUGGAGUUCGAUCGGUUCGAGACCUGAAACCGAACGGCAGGAAGAUUGAGGUGAACGAUGCGAACAAGGACGAGUAUGUGAAGCUCGUGUGCCAGAUGAAGAUGACCGGAUCGAUUCGGAAGCAGCUCGACGCGUUCCUCACCGGAUUCUAUGAGAUCAUUCCGAAAGAUCUGAUAUCGAUGUUUAAUGAGCAAGAGCUUGAACUGCUGAUAUCUGGACUUCCGACUGUUGAUAUUGAUGAUAUGGCGGCGAAUACGGAUUACAAGGGAUUCCAGAAGACGUCGACGCAUAUUCAAUGGUUCUGGAGAGCACUUCGAUCGUUUGAGAAGGAGGAUAAGGCGAAAUUCCUGCAAUUUGUUACCGGAACAUCGAAGGUGCCACUGCAAGGAUUCGCUUCACUGGAAGGCAUGAACGGAGUACAAAAGUUUAGUAUUCACAUGGAUAGCCGUGGUGGAGACAGACUUCCAGCUGCUCAUACUUGCUUCAAUCAACUGGAUUUACCGCAAUACGAGUCAUACGAAAAGCUACGUCAAUCACUUCUCUUGGCAAUUCGUGAAUGCACAGAAGGCUUUGGAUUCGCCUAAAUCUCCCUCUGUAUACACCAAUUCUGGAAUAAUUAUUCCCGAUAUUUUUUAUUUUUUUUUUUUCGUUUCUUAAAGCUUCUCUUAUUUUCCCUGAUACGUGGUCCCCGUUAACAUUAUGCACUUUAAAAACAGACUUUUUGGUCUCUCUCUCUCUCUCUCUCUAUGUUUAUUUUUUAACGUUUGUUUUAUUGUCCAUAAUAUUCAAAUUCCCCUCAUAUUAUUUCCCGUCCUCCUCCCAACCAAUCCCGGCUUGAUUUCUGAGCUUUUUAGCCUUCCCCCGAUCAUAUACUAUUCAUUUUUCAAUUGUCUCCUGACCUCCCCCAUCCGCCCAAUUUAUUAUUGUGUAUCCCCGUUUAUGUGUGUGUGUGGUUUCAAGUUUUAUUGUGAACUAUUUUUUCUCAAAAGUUUCGCCAAGAAAAUCCACCUCCUAUACAACAGUUUCUUUUGUUUUAUUUUAGAAAAAACGAAAUUCCAAUCAGA